CGCACUGUGGUUUCUAACACGUGUGUUUCUGGAGUUGAAGCGUGGUGUUCCUAUGGCAACGGUGUAGGACAGUCCUACAGCAACAGAUUAGUAGCAGGAAAAUGGAUCUCCCAUCCCAACAGGUUUGGGACACGUAGGAUUGGAUACCUGCGUACAGUUUUGUGCCUAACGACUUAAAUUGGGUCUGUUGAAUGGUACAUGCACAUUUGCACAAGGUUUCCUGGUAAUUUCGCGGACCUCUGUACAACUGAUAACGUGUGGAUUAUACGGCUUGAUAGAGGGGGGGUCGACAUCAUGUGGGUGUGCCUGCUUGCCCCUACGGCUGAGGAGGACCGGCUCCGAAGGUCCAGUUGAAGUUUGGGUCCCAGGUCAAGCCCACCUCCAUCUGAGAAAAGCUGGGUGCGUUUGCCGUCGCAUAUCCCUGCACUAAAGAAUGGGCUUGCCUGUACCGGACUGCUCUGAGGAGGAGCCCCAGGCGGACCCCAGUAGCAAUGGGGGGGUGGAGGCCGGGGAGGAAGGGGAGGGCUGGGGCAGCGACAGCCAGCCUGAGGAACCCCUACCUCCAUCCAGGCAAGAGGGCAAGAGGAAAAAGAAGAGGAAAAAAAGACUGUGGAUUAAUCUGACCAACUGCAAGUAUGAGAGCGUGCGUCGGGCAGCCCAAAAGUACGGCUUGAGGGAGUCUGCGGAGGGGGAGGACUGGACCCUGUUCUGGACGGACUGCUCCGUCUCCCUGGACCGGGUCAUGGAGAUGAAACGAUACCAGAAAAUCAACCAUUUCCCGGGCAUGAGUGAGAUCUGCAGGAAGGAUCUGCUGGCUCGCAACAUGAACCGCAUGCUGAAGCUCUUCCCCAAAGACUACAACAUCUUCCCACGCACAUGGUGCCUUCCUGCUGAUUACAGCGACUUCCAAGCCUACACCCGCGCCAAAAAGUACAAGACAUACAUCUGCAAGCCGGACUCGGGCUGCCAGGGCCGCGGCAUCUUCCUCACCAAGUCCAGCAAAGACAUCAAGCCCGGCGAGCACAUGAUCUGCCAGGUCUACGUCUCUCGGCCUUUCAUCAUCGACGGCUACAAGUUUGACCUGCGUAUCUAUGUGCUGGUGACCUCCUGCGACCCCUUCCGGAUAUUCCUCUACGAGGAGGGCCUGGCACGCUUCUGCACCACACAGUACAACGACCCCACCAACGGAAACCUGGACGACGUCUGCAUGCACCUUACCAACUAUGCCAUUAACAAACACAGUGAAAACUUUGUACGUGACGAUGACACAGGCAGCAAAAGGAAGCUGUCUACCUUCAACAAGCACCUUAAGUCCAUGUGCUACAACGUGGAGAAGGUGUGGGUGGACAUUGAAGACGUGAUCAUCAAGACGCUAAUCUCGGCGCACCCCAUCCUCAAGCACAACUACCACACCUGCUUCCCCAACCACGCCGCCGGCAGUGCCUGCUUCGAGAUCCUGGGCUUUGACGUGCUGCUAGACCACAGGCUCAAACCAUGGCUUCUGGAGGUGAACCACUCGCCCAGCUUCACGACAGACUCCCGUCUGGAUCGGGAGGUGAAGGACGGGCUGCUGUACGACACGCUGGUGCUCAUCAACCUGGUGGCCUGCGACCGCCGCAAGAUCACAGAGGAGGAGAGACGACGCGUCAAGGAGAGACUGCAGCAGAACCGCUCCCGAGAGGCCAGGAGUCAGGAGCUGCGGCAGUGCCACGCGGCCAGCGUGGAGCAGAUGGAACGCUACGAGGCCAAGCACAUGGGAGGCUUCCGGCGCAUCUUCCCCCGCGAGGGCGGCGACAAGUACGACAAGUACUUCAAGCACUCCAGCUCCCUCUUCCAGGACACCGCCGCCUCCAAGGCCAGAGAGGAGUGUGCCAGGCAGCAGCUGCAGGAGUUGCGUCUGAAGGCGGAGCAGAAGGAGCGCGAUGUGAAGGGCGGCCGCAAGAAGGAGCUGCAGGGGGAGUCUGCCGGGGAGAAGGCCAAACCCACACAGCUCCGCGCACGCCUCUCCCACUCCACACCCAACCAGCAGCACCUCACCCUGAUGCCCAUGCCCGCCUCCCUCCCCGCGGACCAAUCGGACGAGGAGGAGGUGGCGCGGCUGACGGAGCUACGUCACCGCGAGAGUCUGCUGAGGGACCUGGGCGUCAUCGACCAGGUCUACAAGCUGCUGAAGGGGGGGCUGCCCCCGCCUCCACAGGCCUCAUCCUCAGCGGCCUGCGCCGUGGACUACCCCCAGCACCACCGCCACCAUCACCAUCACCACAAGUCCAACAAGCUGGAGGCUCUGUCGGACUUCUCGCGCCGGCCCAAGCAGCAGCACUGCGCCAUCAUCCAGCGGCCGGUGCCCCCGGGGGGAAAGCCCUGCUUCCAAUACAUCCAGUCCCAGCUCAUCCAGCCCCUCUGGUCCUGGUCCCCCAUGGAGAGGGUCGGCCCUCACCACCACCACACAGCCUCUGGGACCCUGCCUGACCCCUACCACAACCACCACCAUCAUCACCCCCACCACCAGCAGCAGCACCCAGGGUUCGUGCUGCAUCGUGACCCAGAGGAGGAGCACAUGCUGGGGGAGAGGCAACUGGUCAUGGAGCCACGGAGGUCCAGCAGUGCCCAGAGAGUUCCCUGGUCAAUGGUGGGUCAUCACGGCAGCAUGAGCUCCUCGUUUGCAGAGGUGCGGGCGCGGGCGGCCGCCUCCUCCCAGCUGGCGGCUGGCCGUCUGCCCUGUGCCCCCCUCGGCGCCCCCUCUGCCAGCCACGCCGCCGCCCCUCACUCUGCCGUGGGUGCGGGUGCGGGCGCUGCUGGUGCCACCUCCGCCUCCUCCUCCGACACCAAGGCGCUCCAGGGCCUCUUCAUCAUCUCCACGCCCGCCCCCCUCAUGCCGCGGCCCGACUUGGCGCUGCACGUGGCCUCUGGCGGCUCCCCGCGACGCAUCCUCCGCAAGGCAGCCGCCACCACGGCAGCGGCGGCAGCGGCAGCAGGGGCGGGUCCCGCAUCGCACAGGAGAUGAGAUUAGAUGGAGGACGGCAAGAAAGUGAGGCACAGCACCAGAGGAGAACACUGUAUGGACACACAAACACACACACACACACAUACACACACAAACACACACACACACUAUACUGCAAAAACACUCCCACCCGCUAUGACACAGACUUGACCCAACACAGCACCACAGAGAAGAGCGCUGGCAGCUGAGGACACGCACACACACACACACACACACACACACACACACACACACACACACACACACACACACACACACACACACACACACACUGACAUGCACUUGACCCAACACAGCACCACAGUGGAGAGGGCUAGGAAGCCCAGCACCGUAUGGACACACACACUCUGACACAAACUUGACCCCACACAGCAGCGCAGAGGAGCGCAAGAGCACGCACGCACGCACACACACACACACACACACACAUACACUAUGACACGCUGUCCACAAAGCAUUAAAGAUCGCCACAACAGACACACUCUCACUUUGACACGCUCUACAGAAACACCACAGCGUGGUCAAAGGUCUGACACCAGCAUCACAUAUGCACACACACACACACACACACACACACACACACACACACACAACUAUAUUCCACACAGAGACAGACGCACACAUGCUGCACGCAGUUGCAGUUGCAGACUGUGCCUGAGGUAAACACUCUCAGAAAGAUCCUCUGCUCUCUCUGAUGGUCUGGACAUAUUCUCUUAUUUUAACAGAAUACAACAUCAAAAAAGAUUACUUUUUAACCUUCAAAGGAGCUGUGGUGAGAUUAUUUUUUACAAAUUCAGAUAAAUGAAUUGCACAUUUGAAAUGCUGUUAAUAUCCUCUAUUUCAGGCUACUGUGGAUGAUUCUUUUUUAAAUGCAAGUUUGUGUGUGCAGGGGGAGAGAGUGUGAAUGCAAAGUACUUUCAGACAAGCCUUUUGUGUGUGUGUGUGCGUGUGUGCGUGCGUGCGUGUGUGUGUGUGUGAGUGUGUCUCUUUUUUUUAUCACUGUGCACAAACAUCCUUCAAAGCAUAUUACCUCACUUGGAGACGCUGGGCAAUAAAGCACUCAAAUAAAUCUCAUGAAUGUAAGGCAUGAA